GCUCUCCCGGCGUUUGACCUUUUAGGGAUGAACGCUUAGGGCCGCUCACUGUGAGACAGACUGCGCUAGUUGCCAGGUGCUGAAGGUGGAGACAGAAUUUAAUCCAAUCCUUUCAAUAGUACAGACUGAUUUAAGGAUGAAAUCGAGGCCAGUACACCUUUUAUUCUUUUAUAAAAGGGAGUGGAGGUAACUGGUUCAAGAACUGUGGGAGGCAGAGGGAAUGGUGUCAGAAGGGCCAGGAUAGAAGUAGCAAGGAGGUGAAAAGCAGGAGCAUGUUAUUUUUGCUUUGUUCUUAGCCCUGAGUAAUAUAAUGGGAUUUGUUCCCGAGGAGUGGGGAGUAGCAGAAUGAUAGAGGUUUGCAAGGUGAUUAAACUACUUUUUAAAGCCGGUGGGGAGCUAUGGUAGUUAAGUUUAUCUGGAUGGAGACGAUCUUUUUGCAUGAGAAGAUAAUGGCCUUUACAGGAAGGAGGCUUUUGUGGAACCACUGGACUUGGCAUGUUGUCCAAAAGGGCACCCCCGCCAGCCAAAAGGCCAAAGUUAUUAUAAGAGUAUGUUGGAUAAAGGACAUUGUUGUGGCAGUAACUGGAGAGAACAUGGAAACAAUGAAAAGUAUCAUUCAGAAGUAUCAACAUAAAGGCAUCUCACUAGUUGAAGCUGGAGUGACACGCCACAGGUCAAUUUUAAAUGGACUAAAAGCACUGGCCGGGGACCAGACUGACUCCAGACUCUCCAAGCCACAAGUUGUGAUCAUCCAUGAUGCCGUUAGACCAUUUUUUGAAGAAGAUGACCUCCUCAAAGUUGUCAGAGCUGCUAGGGAACAUGGGGCAGCAGGAGCAGUUCGACCUCUCGUGUCCACUGUUGUCAGUCCCUCUACUGAAGGUUGUUUAGACCACUCGUUGGAACGUGCCAGAUACAGAGCAAGUGAAAUGCCACAGGCUUUUCUGUUUGAUGUGAUCUAUGAAGCCUAUCAGCGGUGUAGUGACUAUGACCUGGAGUUUGGAACUGAGUGUUUGCAGUUGGCUCUAAAAUAUUGUCAUACAAACGCCAAACUUGUAGAAGGAUCUCCUGAUCUCUGGAAGGUGACCUACAAACGAGAUCUGUAUGCGGCUGAAUCGAUUAUUAAGGAGAGAAUUUCACAAGAGAUUUGCAUAGUUAUGGAUAUGAAAGAAGAAAAAGAACAUGUAGGUCAUCUUCUUGAAGCAGUGCUAAAAAAUGAAUUACACCAUGUAAAAAUGACAUCUGUGGUUCCAUGUCAUGAUGGCAGCAGUAUUCAGCACAUCAUCUUAGGACAAUGCUACAGUUUUGUUUGUAUGAAUGUCAUGACAACUGAUUUUCAAAACACCCAGAAAUUAUUGGGCAUGCUUGAGGAAAGCAACCUUUCCAUUUUAUAUCCUGUAGUUGUUGUUUCGGUGCAUUUUCUUGAUUUUGAACUAGGACCUCUCAGUCAGAAAAUGGAAAGCCUGAUGUGGAUUAGAAAAUUUGCAAUAGAAGUGAAAAAAAGAAAUAUUUUAUUAUGUGGCCUUCUAGUGAAUUACUCACAGGAUGAACAAAAGCUACAGGAGAGUUUAAAGCAAGGCGCCGUCAUAAUUGCUGCUUUAAUUAAAGAAAGAAAUUCUGCGCUUCUUGGCCAGCUGCUGGUAGCAUGAAGAACACAAGACAGAAAAUCACCUUUUGGGCUUCUGAAACCAUUUGCCUAAGUCUCUAUUGCAUUUCCUUCCCCACCCCACUCCCUCUUAUUAUAUGUGGGAAAAUGUUGAAGUUGUUAUAUAUCUUAUAAUUAUAGGGUGUGAUGCUUAGAUGAUAAGAAUAGAUAAGAGUAGAUCAGUGUUUGUGUCUGUUAAAUUGGGUAUGUCAAAUACAAAUUGCCUGAGAAGAGUAAGGAGGUGGACAGUAACUGCCUUCCCAUAAAGAAUCUUUUCAUAAAGCUGAAAGUCAAAUUGAAAUAAUAAUGGUGAGCCAUUCCUUCAAGAAAUGAAAGUUUAGAAAACUUCAGCUAUUAUCUUAACUCUUUAAUACAUCACAUUACAAUAAGCUAAUAAAUAAGGUUCUAAAAUGGUCCUCUCUCUAUAGGAUAUUUUCUCUUUUUCUCUUGUGCUGGAUUUUUCCAAUCCUUAAAAAAACAAUUCGUAGCAAAAAAUGGAAAUGCUUCAGAUAUUCUUACCGUUUGCCUCUCACUUCUCUAGAUCCCUAAGGGAGAUGUCAUCUUUUGCUUUUCUGUUAUUUUUUAAAUUUUAUGUUUUCCUUGGUUGAUGAAGGUAAUUUUGACUUACAUUGUUUGAAAGAGUCUGAAUAUUUCUAAAGAGUCUAAUUUUUAAAUAAGUUUAAAAGAUGCCUAGAGAGCUUCAUAAGAAUUCAGUUAUUUGGUUGUCCCUGUUGUGGUCUUCUGUGAGGACUGGAAUCCACAGUUCAGUGACUCUUGUGUUGUAGAUACUGCUCCCUUGUCAAAUCCAGUUCUUAUUCUAUCCAAUUUCCAUUUACACAUACAUCUUAGAUAUUAAUAUUUACCUUGAAUUUAAAUAUGACUUGUAUUUAGUCAUUAAAGAUGACCUUAUUCUGUAAGUACAUUUAUUUCAUAAAAUAGAUUAUAGUGCAUCACUCCAGGGCUUACCAUGUAUAUGAAAUUUGUAAAAGUUGCACCAAUUCUUUUUGUUUAAAGAGGGACAAUAUAAUAUCUAUCUUGUGGAAUAAUUCCUUAACAUAUUAAAUGAUUCUUCUCUAUAUUUCUCAAGUACUAAUAUAAUAGAGUUUAUAUUUUACAUUUAAGAAAAACAAGUAGCAUAUAAUGAGUAUGGAAUAAUUAUUGCAUUUCAUUCUUCUAAGUGAAAUGGGUUCUUUGAAUGUAGGCUUGGAUUUAACUUCCUGACUUCACCACUGUUACUCUCUCUAGGGAUGCUAGGAAACAUAAAUCAUUUAACUCAAAUUCCUGAGGGUGAAAGAAUGUGGGCAAUAUGUAGAUUUUGGUUAGAAUGUCUGCCUCUCUGUUGAGGUGGGCAGCUGCUCAGUAGAAGGCAUUAGGGCAAAUUCCACACACUGUGCUUGUUGAAAUCUUCAGGCAAAAAUGUUGUAAGACUUUGGAAGUGCUCAUAAAAGCAGAAGGGGAAAUGUAACUAAGGUUUUAAAGAGAGGGUGAAUGACUUUAGCAAGAAGGCAGGAAACUCAGUACAGCUGUGGAACAGCAAAAACACUGUACUUCAUCCAUGGGAUGUUAGCUGGGUCAGUGUAGAUUUCAGGUUAACAAAGGUGUAUUAUAGUAAACAAGAAUUCAUCCUGGAGCAGUUAAUGAUCAUGGAACUGAAAACAAGAGGAAGAAGACGAUGAAGAUGAAGAGGAGGAGGAAGAGGAGAAGGAAAAAACCCUCACAGUCUUCACUUUUUGGAUGAGGAAAUUGGGACUCUGGGAUUGCAUUUAACCUUCCCCAAGGUCAUGGGGCUGUGUUGUAGCAACAGGCAGGGCCUUAACCUCAGGAAGACUUUAUCUCUGUGUAACAGUGACUUCCAGCCAAGAUAUCCAAGAGAGAGGCUGUGAAAUGGAAAUCUGAAGCUCUAAGAAAACACAGAGGAAUGGACUGAGAGGGAGGGGCAGUGUGUCCAGUGACCAGAUGAAAAUCCUAAAGCUUCUGACUUUCUAGCCACCUGUGCAACAUGCAAACAUCUAUGGGCAGAGGUUAAGGGAAUCGAGAAAUUUAUUGGCCAAGAGAUAAAGAUAAAUUAUUUUACUGUUUGUAAGAGAUCCAGAAGUAACCUUACACUUAUGCUUUUAAUUACUGCUUUGCAAACUUAAUGCCUUUAAUAAAAAAUAUUCAUUGUCACUGAAUUUUCUUUAAAGUCCCUGGAGAAAGAAUAAUAUUUAUAUCUCAAGGUUGAAAUUGCUUCUGCUUUUGGCAAGUUUUUAGAAAGACUUUUAUUUCUAAAUUUAUGCUACUUAGUUAAAUACAGCUUAAAGUUAUCUUUUCAGGAAUUCAGCACUGAAGAGUGUGAUCAAUAACAUAUUGGUAAGAAGUAGUUUUUUUCUAUUAAAGCACUCAGCUUUGUAGAUGACAUUGCAAGUAUAUUUAUCUAUGGAUAAAAAUCAGACUCAUCUUUCAGGGUUCUUUGUUACUACAGUCAUUUAAGUCAUUUUGCAUUGAUUUCAUUGGAAAAUUAUUUUAUACUACUUUAUUAAAACUACCAAAUUUUAUUUCGCACGUAUAAAUGUAGUAAUUUAUAUAAAAGUCAAAUUACAGAACAUUUUCUUAUAUUAGAGAAAAUAUGGUCUUUCUAUACAAUGUCAUACUCCUGUGCUGUAAGGAAGGAUAAACUCGGGUCAUUUGUAGGGAAAUAGAUUUACCUUGAGACUGUAAUAAUAAGUGAAAUAAAUCAGACACUCAU